AAAUGCCUAGCAUGCUUUCUCUUUCAGUUCAUUCACAGCUAGGUUGAAGCCCUCAGUUGAGCUAAUCUUUAAACCUAGAUAUGUGUAAUUUAUAGCGCAUUCUAUAUUUGUUGCCCCUAGUGUAAAAUCGAGUCAUAUUUCGUCCAGUCUGGGUCUUUCAUGUAAAAUCAUUAUUUUCGUCUUUUUAAAAUGAACUUUCUCCUGUCCUCCCUCUCGCUUUCUCUCUCUUUCCAUGUCUCUCCCACUCCAUGUCUGGGAUAUAUCCCUAGAUGAUAGCUACUUUGCACACUUUGCCUCUUGAUGAUACUGUAGUAACAGUCAUCUCUCCUCUUCAUGAACAACAUGUGAUUGCUGGCAUAUUCAGUACUGAUGUCACUCGUGCUGCUCAGGGGAACACAAGGGCCUAUAAAAAAGGAACUAUUGAAUGGAACCAAUGGACGGGCCAUGGCAUCCACACGUUCAGUGAGUCUGACAGAAUCUCUCAGGAUAACCAGCAUGAACGCGACCUACAACGAUCCCAACUUGGGGUCAUGCUGCUUAUUAUGAUGAACAGGAGCCUGCAGCAGCCAAUGUACCUGCUGUUCUUCAGCCUGUCCUUCAACGACGUCCUGGGCAACACGGUGCUUAUACCACGGCUGAUGUUGGACGUGAUCUCUACUGACAGGUCCAUCAGCUACCCCGCAUGUGUCUCCCAGGCCUUCUUCAGCCACACCUAUGGCACGUCCUGCCACACAGUGAUGAUGAUCAUGGCUUUCGACAGGUACGUGGCCAUAUGCCACCCUCUGAGGUACACCUCCAUCAUGAGCCCCGCCAUGGUGGCUAAGCUGACCGCGUCUGCUUGGAGCACAUCAAUAACGCUGGUGUCCAUCCUGCUGGCUCUCACCAUACGGCUAACACGUUGCCGUUCUGUCAUUCUCAAUGCCUACUGUGAAAACGCGUCCCUGUUCAAGCUCUCCUGCCAGGACGUGAGCAUCAACAACAUCUUCGGUCUGACAUUCACUGUUGUCCUUUUUGGCUCCUCCAUGGGCAGUGUGGCCUUCACGUAUUUCAGGAUCCUGGUCAGCUGUGUCUCCAGAAAGAACAAGGAGCUGAACAGGAAGGCCCUGCAGACCUGCGCCACACACCUGGUCCUCUACAUGGUCAUGCUCUGGUCCGGCUUCCUCAUCAUCAUUUCGCAUCGUCUCCAGAUCCACAACAGGUACCGGAAGAUGGCGGCCAUUCUCUUUCACAUCCUUCCCGCCAACAUGAACCCCAUCAUAUAUGCUAUGCAGACCAAGGAACUUAAGACAAGGAUUGUGCAGAUACUUCAUUCAAAAGUAACCCAGCUUCCGUAAUUCGAAAAUUAGCCUCUGAGUUACCUCUGCCGCAAUAUACUGGAUGCACUUGCACGCAUGUUUAAAAUGUUAAUUUUACUUUGUCAUCAUAUGUAUCAGCGUCACAAAGCAUAAAUUGUAGCUAACAUGUUAGAUGGCAUAAAUGUUAGGGCUUAAUUAUUAGGGCUAAUUAAGGGCAAAAAUUGGCAAACCAGAAACAGGUAUGUCCCUCAUUGCCCACCUCUGCAAUAUAGUAGUCUAUAUAAAUAAAUAGAAAUUCAUAAUCAAACAAGCCACAAGCUGGAUCUCAUUACAUUAUACAUUAUAUGUAUUUUUAUAGGUCAGAAAAACUCAUGCAAGUAGCCCAACUUUUAGAGGGGCCCAAUAUGAAGUCAUAGAGGGAGAAGUCUCCGUCCUGUUUUAUCAAAGACAAACUAUAUAUUAUAUAAUGAAGAGAUUAAAAAUAAAUUGAUACCCUGUUUGGCUGACAAGUCAGUUGGCAACUUUCUCUGGCUUUUCUGUAUGCAGAGAUUUUUUUGAUCAAAUAAAACAAGUUGCACAUAGUUCCACUGAGAAUAUUUCUGUUUUUUUAUUAUAAAACAUUUAGACAGUUUUGUAAUUCCAGUGGUGCAGUCCUAUAGAACUCUAUUCCACUGCAAAUGAAAACUUGCAUAACAAUCUUAUCGCUCAUUAAAUAAGCAGGUUGGUUCUCUGCGUGACUCUUGUUUCUUACUGUACCAAGAUCAUGAGUCAAAUUCUUUGCAUGUGAAUGAAAAUAAAAACACAUGAAUAUAGACAUUUGUGUCAUUGUUAUAUUCAAAGAAAUCAAAGAAUUUGUUGUACCUUGCUAAUAAUGCAGUAGUGUCUUAUUCAGAAUAGUUUCUUAUGCAAGGCAUACUUAUUUUAGCAGCUAUAUAUUUACAGGUGUAAAUACUGUAGAUGUUUUGUACAUUAUUCAAACAUUUUUUCCCUUAUUAACAGUGUAAAAUAUAUAAAAAUAAAAGUUGCGCAUCUGCACUUGUUGAGUACAGAGCCUAAUCAGGAAAAAACAUUUUUUGACCCAGACAUUAGAGAUUACAUUUGUGCUAUUAAUUGUCACCCUCUCUUUUUCAAUUGUUUUGCUUUGGGACCACUGUCAAGUGUAGGAGAUGGUUCAUUUAACUUCAUUUAGUGGAUUUAUUUUUCCACAAUGCCUCCUAUUUUAAAUCUUCAGUUUCCUGAAAAUCUAUUUUUGUAUUUUUUUUCCCCUAAUAUGUGUCCACACAGCAGAACACUUAUAAUGUUAAAUCAGGUGCAAAAUAGGACAUUUUACCCUUGUCAUGGUACUUGUUAUACUGUGUAACAGCCACAGCCCAGUUCAGCUCUCUUCUGACA